AUGGCCAGAACAGUCCUAAUUACCGGCGCCACCGGCAAGCAAGGUGGAGCAGUCAUCAAUUCUUUACUGGCUGCGAAAGCCGAUUUCGACAUCUUAGCAGUCACGAGAGACACAACUUCCAACUCGGCCCAGAAGCUCGCCCAAAAGUCCUCGAAGAUCAAGCUAGUCACUGGUGAUCUCAACAAUGUGGACGAUAUAUUCAAGAAGGCAAAAGAGGUUGCCUCGUCGCCUAUCUGGGGCGUCUACAGCGUCCAGGUUGUCCCUACGAAAGCUGGCGAUAACUCGGAAGAAAUACAAGGGAAAGCACUUGUUGACGCCGCGGCGAAGAACUCGGUCAAGCAUUUCGUCUACUCAUCUGUAGACCGGGGUGGUGAAAAAUCAGCCAUCAAUCCUACGAACGUACCACACUUCAUCCACAAGCAUAAUGUCGAGCAACACCUCUUCGUCAAAGCCAAGGAGACUGGUAUGUCCUACACCAUCUUGCGCCCCGUGGCAUUUUUCGAGAAUCUCGUACCAGGAUUCGUGGGAAAGAUAUUCCCGACGGUGUGGCAGAUGAGAUUAAAGAAGCCAUUGCAAUUAAUCGCCACGAGUGAUAUUGGAUACUUUGGUGCCGAGGCAUUCUUAAAACCCGAAGAAUGGCGCAACCGGAGCAUCUCAUUGGCUGGUGAUGAGCUCACUCUAGCCCAGUUCAGAGCUAUCUUCAAGCAGAAGACGGGCCAAGAUCUUCCGUCAACUUUCCGAAUUUUCGGAGCAUUAAUUUUAUGGCUCAGCAAGGACUUUUCCCUCAUGUUCAACUGGUUCCAAACAGACGGAUACGCGGUGGACAUUGGAGAACUGAGGAAGAUACGUCCUGAAUUGAAGGAUUUCGGCGCAUGGUUGGAGAAGGAUUCCCAGUUUAAUACCCGAUCGACUUGA